AUGGCUGAAAUAUCCAACGAUAAAAAAGGAAAUGAAAGUUCAAGUCCUUCCCCGGAUAUGAUAAUUAAAAUGUGGGUUCUCCUUGAGGAUCACCCAGGUCCUCAUAAAUUGAAAGCUGACUUAUUACAAGUUUCUGACUUGGAAGAUUUUAAGGAUGUUCUCAAAGAAAAGAUUCAAGUGUUAAAAAAUAUCGAAGCGGAUGAUAUUGAGUUCUUAAACCAUGACGAUCGCAAUACACUUAUUCCACUAGACAUUCCCCUUAAACCUCUGGCAGCCAAGAUAAUGGCUAUAAAGCCACUCGUUAUAUGCUAUCUAAUAUCAGAUUCGAGCAUCUUAAUAAAUUUUAGAUUUUUGCUUAAUACUGGUAAAUGGCGAAUACCUCAUUCUAGUGGGGCCUGGGAUUUUCUUCGAAAAAAAGCUAAAGAAUUAUUUGAACCACUUUCGACAGCUGAAAUUACCUUUGUUGUUACGAGAAAUUCUAAUGAUCUUAAAAUACAAAUCAAAGGAAAAAAGGCGUUCGGAGAUUGGACUUUAAAAGAAGUGGGUAGCGAAAUUUAUAAAAAUACUUUUACCUCUAUGGACUCAAUGCGGAAAUUAAGCUUGGAAGAUUUUCCUGAAUUGAAUCCGUCAUUUAGUGACGACGAAAUUGCGUACUUUAUUAAACAACUUGAAGACAAGGUAUUCGCAUUUAAUAAUAAAAUUAGCACAAAUGAAGCUACACCUGAACCUGAUGGGUCUCGAGGUUAUGGCAAUUUGGACUAUGAAGUUAUUAUACAGGAUGUUCCGGUAUUGAUUAAUGAGGCCAAAAAACAAGACAUGGAAAAGGGAAUUGCUCAAAAUUUGGUACAAGUAUAUAUUGCAGCCGAGACAUUGUUAGGAAAACGAAAACGUGAAAAAGUGGAUUCUUUACCUCCUAUGAUGUUCGGUAUAGUAACAAUGGGAUAUGUAUGGAGAUUCAUCCGUUGGUCUGGUACACUGCAAGGUCCAAGAACCGAAAUUACUCCUGAAAUUGUUUGUAACUGCAUCCGUAAUAAUUAUCAAGAAGCAAAAAAUGUGGUAUCACAAAUUGCACAUUUAUUACAAGCACAAUCGGAUAUAUUAAAAAAAGACAAUAAUCAGGAUAAAGAACGAGAUAAUAAACGUCAUAAACUUGAACUUGAUUAA